CCGCCAACACCGCCGCCAAACAGGGGAGAAGCCGCAGAGGCGAGGAGAAGAUGGCGCCGUCGCGUUCCCGCACCCUGAGGAGGUGUCAGCGAGUCUUGUACUGGAUCCCUGUCCUCUUCAUCGGGCUCAUCGCCUGCUGGUCCUACUACGCCUAUGUCAUCCAGCUGUGUGUGGUGUCCAUGAAAAAUAUUGGUGAAAAAGUUGCCUGCCUUGUAUUUUAUCAUUUGCUUUUCAUCAUGUUCGUGUGGUCAUACUGGAAAACCAUCUUUACAAAGCCAAUGCAUCCAAGUAAAGAGUUCCAUCUGUCAUACACAGACCGAGAACAAAUAGAACGUGAAGAUCGAGGUGAAGGUCAACAGGAAGUCCUCAGAAGAAUGGCCAAGGAGUUACCCAUCUACACAAGAACCGUAUCUGGAGCAAUUCGAUACUGCGACCGAUGUCAACUUGUGAAGCCAGAUCGCUGUCAUCACUGUUCGGUCUGUGACAAGUGCAUUUUGAAGAUGGACCAUCACUGUCCUUGGGUGAACAAUUGUGUUGGAUUCUCCAAUUACAAGUUUUUCUUCCUGUUCUUGGCUUAUUCCCUGCUUUACUGCGUGUUUAUUGCUGCCACUGAUCUGCAGUACUUUAUCAAGUUUUGGAUGAAUGGCCUGCCAGAUACCCAAGCUAAGUUCCACAUCAUGUUCCUGUUCUUUGCAGCUGCAAUGUUUUCUAUCAGCCUGUCUUCUCUGUUUGGAUAUCAUUGCUGGUUAGUCAGUAAAAACAGGUCUACACUUGAGGCCUUUAGAGCACCUGUGUUUCGACAUGGGCCUGACAAGAAUGGGUUUAGCUUAGGAUGCAGCAAAAAUAUGAAGCAGGUAUUCGGAGAUGAGAAGAAAUACUGGUUGCUACCUGUCUUUACAAGUCUAGGUGAUGGUUGUUCCUUCCCAACAUGUUUGGUGAAUCAGGAUCCAGAGCAACCCUCCACUCCAUCUGCUCACAAUUCUACUGCCAAAAAUAUUACUGAAGCACAUCCAUUUCCUGCCAAAGCUUUACGAGAGUCCCAGAACCAUCUACUGGGUAGUGGCCAGACAUGGUCUGAAGGAGUUUCUGAUGACGAGAAAGGCAAACUUGGUAUGAGUAAUCCUGUUAUGGUCAUAGAGAAUGAGACCUAGCUACUCUUCAAGCAAACGUAUAACAGCUGGCAAAUCCCUAGGUGCAGCUGCUUAUGGAGGAAAUUCUGGGAAGAAACGUUCUUCAAGAUUCCAACCGUCACCUGCCCACCAUCUUUGUCAGAUGUCUGUGCCUCUGUGGGCAUGUUCCAAAGGAAAUAUUCCCAUGACCAAUUGGCUUUCCUACUAUCACUGCUUAACUCAUAAAACAUAUUGGUCCAGCGACCCUUAAAUGUACAUUGGGGAAUAUAAUUCUAUUCUGAAUGUAUUUGCUUAACAAAACAUGCUUAACAUUUAUAGCAAGAGUAAUUGGCAUUGUAGCAGGUAUGAGGUUACUGAGCAAAAAGUGGUAUCUUGCCCAUUGAAACUGUGCUAAAAUAACACUGGUUCUAUUACUACUCAUACUAUAUUAUUGCCUGGAUUUCCAUAUCAAAUCAUAUACGUUCAAGGGCACAUAUUCUUUGGGAGCAGUACAUAUGAUAACAUUUUGUGUCAUAAUGGAAAUUAAUGUCUUCCUUUAUAACAGGCAAUGUUAAUGAUUUCAUAAGUAUAAGACUUCAAACUUCGGAAUUUUAAGCGGUGACGUUUAAGAAAAAUUAAAUGACAUAACAUGAA